UAUCAGUCUCUUCAUUGCCCCUUUGUCCCCUCCAGAAUGGGUGCUGGAAGGGCCCCCUGGGUGGUGGCUCUGCUGGUGAACCUCAUGAGGCUGGAUUCCUUCAUGACUGAAGGCAGAGACUCCCCAGAGAAUUUUGUGAUUCAGGCAAAGGCGGACUGUUACUUCACCAAUGGUACAGAAAAGGUUCACUUCCUGGUCAGGUUCAUCUUCAACCUGGAGGAGUAUUUACACUUCGAUAGUGACCUGGGGAUGUUUGUGGCCCUGACGGAGCUGGGGGAACCUGACGCUGACCAGUGGAACAAACGCCUGGAUCUCCUGGAGACGAGCAGAGCCGCUGUGAACAUGGUCUGCAGGCAGAAGUACAAGCUGGGGGCCCCCUUCACCGUGGAGAGAAAUGGCUUCUACCCCGGGGACAUAAGUGUCAGGUGGUUCCGGAAUGGACAGGAGGAGAGGUCUGGAGUCGUGUCCACUGGCCUUGUUAGGAAUGGAGACUGGACCUUCCAGACAACAGUAAUGCUGGAAAUGAUCCCAGAGCUUGGCGACAUCUACAGCUGCCUCGUGGAGCACCCCGGCCUCCUGAGACCUGUUUCUGUGGCGUGGAUGGCUCAGUCUGAAUAUUCCUGGACAAAGAUUCUGAGUGGAGCUGCAGCGUUCCUGCUUGGACUGAUUGUCUUCCUGGUGGGAGUUGUUAUCCAUCUCAAGGCUCAGAAAGCACCUGUGGAGACCCAGCCUGGCCAUGAGGCCUCAAGAGAGCGUCUCCAUUCUCACUCCUAGAUUAAAGCUGCUGAGAAGGCUCAGCCUCCAAGGUGAAGGAAGGGUUCCCACCCUGAGAUUUUGUUGUCUGCACACAUGGUGCCAUCUGACACACAUGGUGCCAUCUGACACACUCUUUUACCCUUUGCGUUUUCUGUGAGUUAGCACCUGAUGCCGACUCGGGGUGGGACUCCGGUCUGAUUAUUUUGGAGUCUGGAGGAGGCCAUGACCUUUUCUGGAGUCACAGUGUAUCUCCUUUUUUUUUCUUUUCAUGAUGUUACAACAAGCAUUGAUGCUAAUUGCCCCAUCUGCUAAUUUACUGGGGAUUGCUACAUUGUGAUAGUUGAUUUCUAGGAUUCUUUAUUUAUAGCAUAUUGUUGGCUCUGCUCAAUGUUAUCUGCAGUAGAAGUUCAAAGCUAAUGGUGGUAAAACUGUUGGCACCUUAAAGUGAGUCUAGCCUGCAUGGUGCCACCGUUGUGUCCACUGCUGCAGGAUUCUGAAACGAAGCACUAAUUUCACUUAAUAGUGACCUUAGUGGAGCAAUGAAUUCACUGGUCUACAAAGUCUUGACACCUGAGUAACAUCUUUUUAAUAAGUUGACAUUUGGGAGUGUUUCUGAUGUAUGCAGAUGGGAAGGCUGUUGUAAAAAUUGCUUGAGUUGUGAGUAAAACUGAGCAUGCUUCAUUCAAUACAGAAUCAUUUUGUCUUCGUAGAAAAUAUUUCUUACUAACCUUUUAUUGUUUGAGAGCUUUGUACAUGAGUACUAUGUGUUUUGAUCAGAUCCACCCCCAUUCACUCCCUUCUAGUUUUUCCUUUCUCCUGUUCACAGUUACCUCCCAACUUCGUAUGCGGUUUUUGCUUUAAUUCACUAAUUCUGCCAGGAUUACAUGGGGGCGGGUCCAUCUGCCAGGGUGGAGGUGGCCUUUCAGGAGCACAUCUUUGAAGAAUAUGGAGUUUCCCUCUGCCUCAGCUGUCAGCUGCUCCUCAGCUAAGGUUGACACUCCACAAAUCCCUCCCGCCCAUGCUGGGAUUUCGGAAUGCUUGAUCUUGGACAUUUAGAAACGUUCUAACUGGCUUUUAGCUUGUUUUGCAAUAAAUUACAGUUUAGUUGGU